AAUCCGAUUUCCAUCCGAACCGAGAACGCGGUCGAUACGCAAUUUGUCCGUUACGUUCAACCGCUGCGGAUUGUCUACGCAAUCCAAGUUAUAAACAAAAAGUAACUCCGAUUUCAGUUCGAUUCGAAUGUCAUUCGAUGUCUUUGGUUUAAUCGCAAACGGUUAACCUCUUUGGGAUUUCUUUACCUUUUUGUUGAUGUGAUAAUGUCGAGUGCUGAGUUGGAGCUUGGAUUUAACUCUGGACAACCUGUAACCCUUUUAUUCUCUACCUGAUCUCGCGCGAGUCAAAAGUAUUAGUCAUGAAAGCCGGGGCGGCUUUUGAAUCACCGACAACAACAAUAACAACAAUAAAGGCAGCAGCAGAUUCAGUGGCGUCCCCAAUAAAAACAAAAACCACAACGUUAAAUGAAUAACCCCAGCGAAUGCGAAUGCCGUAAACUGUUUACAUUGCUCACAGCAUUACUCACUCACUCACCUUAACCUGAGCGAAGAAGAGGAAGAAGUUAGAGUGGAGUGGAGUAAAAAGGGGAGCAGUUGAUUUAGAGAUCGCAGCUGCUGCAGUGGUUUCGAUUACGUGAGCAGAAAACAAAUAAACAAGCUAUUUCCCAUCCACUCACCACUACUCACCAUCCCCUCUUGACCACUGAUAACGGAACUGCAGGGGGAGAGAGAGGAGUAGAAAGCAAGGAGAGAGAGAACGGAGAGAGCGGGAGAGAGACCCUUGCGAUCGCUAGAAUCGCUGUGGAUUACCAAAUAACAAACCAAAUUCGACCAGCAGUAUGAGUGACAAGACAACUAUUAGCCUAGACGGCUAUCCUCCCCUGGAGGCACUGACAACUAUGGCUCCAACGGCAGAUGAGAACGGCUUUUCACAGUCGCUUUUGACCUUUGCCGCGGUCAUGACCUUUCUCAUAAUGAUCGUUGGCAUUUGCGGCAACUUGCUGACUGUGGUGGCCCUUCUUAAGUGUCCCAAGGUGCGCAAUGUGGCCGCCGCCUUCAUCAUCAGUCUGUGUAUUGCCGAUCUGCUGUUCUGCGCCCUUGUGCUGCCGUUCCAAGGUCUGCGCUUUGUCCAGGGAACCUGGCGCCAUGGACAGGUAUUGUGCCGCCUGAUUCCCUUCAUCCAGUACGGAAACAUUGGGGUUUCUUUGCUGUGCAUCGCAAUGAUCACAAUCAAUCGGUAUGUGAUGAUCACCCACCACGGACUGUAUGCUAGGAUCUAUAAACGCCACUGGAUUGCGGUUAUGAUCGCAGCCUGCUGGCUGUUCUCCUAUGGCAUGCAACUGCCGACGCUGUUGGGGGAAUGGGGCCGCUUUGGCUAUGACUCGCGCCUUCAGACCUGCUCCAUUAUGACCGACGACCAUGGACACAGCAGCAAGACGACCCUGUUCAUCACUGCCUUUGUCAUUCCCUGUCUGGUGAUCAUUGCCUGCUACGCCAAGAUCUUCUGGGUGGUGCACAAGUCGGAGCAGCGCCUGAAGCGGCAUGCCACCAAGCAGAACUCGAUACCCAACAAUCUGCGUCCGCUGGCCAGCACGGGAUCUGGGGCCCUGCCCUCGGGAGGGGAGUGCCAGCAGCAACCGGGCAACCGAGUCUCCUCGGACAGCAGCAGCAGCUUCUCCACCGAAGUCCCGGAGACGGCGCCCAGUGGCAAACAGCAGCCGACCAGGGUCAAGGAUCAACGCGAGGUGCGGGCCAAGCGAAACGAGUGGCGCAUCACCAAGAUGGUGCUGGCCAUCUUCCUGUCCUUCGUCGUCUGCUACCUGCCCAUUACCAUUGUCAAGGUGGCCGACAAGAAUGUGGAGCACCCCAGCCUGCACAUCUGCAGCUACAUCCUGCUCUACUUGUCGGCCUGCAUCAAUCCGAUCAUCUAUGUCAUCAUGAACAAGCAGUACCGUAAGGCCUACAAGACAGUGGUCUUCUGCCAGCCCGCUCGACUCCUUUUGCCCUUCGGAAAGACCAAUGGCGCCAGCAGCGCUGCAGAGAAAUGGAAAGAUACCGGGUUGAGCAACAACCACAGCCGCACCAUCGUCUCCCAGAUGUCGGGGGGAACGGGAGCGGCGGGAUCGGGAUCGGGAUCGGCAGCACAGAGCACACCGGCAAGCCAGCCAGCAGUCCAGGCGCUGGAGCUGAUGUCGCGCGGACCAGAUCUGAUCAGCAAAUCAAACCUCCCCCCGCUGCCAUCAGUAACGACUCCUCCGCCGCCCUCAGUCCUCACGGCGACGCCAAACCUGCGACUGCCGCUCAAGAAGAACAAUCACUCCUACACCAACAGCGGCUUCAACAGCAGCAGCAGUCCCAGCAGCGGGAUCGGGAUCAGCAGCAGCUCCAUUUACCGGCCCGGAGUUGGAUUACUGGGGAGCGGAUCGGCAUCGAUCCGGCGCAUAACAAUGGUGGGCGACGACAUAAUACUGGAGGAGGAGGAGCUGCCGCCCACGCCGCCGGCGACCUCAGCGCCCACAACGCCGGCACCUCCGCCGCCGUCGUCCUCAGUCCCAACGCAUCCGCUCGCCGUAACCCAAACGGGAACGGUGACGACCGGGACGCCCCACAUCUACAUGAACGUGGACAGCCCGAAGAGAAACCAAUCCUACGCGGAGUGUAAUACAAAUGCCGCAGCACCACCGGGGGAUAAUUCCGGUUCGGCAACCGUCUCCGUUUCAGGCUCCAAGCUGACGGCUAAGAUGAAAUUCCCAAAAGACUAACGAAAUGCUUUAAUUCCAAAAAACGUAGUUUUCAUGCUACUUUCGUUAUAAACAAAAAUAUGCCAGGCAUUGUAAAUCGGUACAAUCGUGAUUGGGUGGUGAAUAUCGUAAACUGGUGAGGAUUCUUUGAAGAACUCACCAGUUCAAUAUCAUAUUCCCCAUAUUGUAAGCAAUUUUUUCUAUAGAUAUUGUAAUUUGAUAUUUAGUAUUUGCCAAAUAACAAAAUAUAGUCGUUAGAACCGUGCCAUAGUUUACGCUUUAGAUUCUGAUUUAUUUUCUAUUUCAAACGUUAUUAUUUCGCAGACCAAUGGAUCCAUUUCUAAUGGAAACAAAUUUUUGUUUAUUUGAUGAUAGUCGAGCUUCGGCUGUUUAUUGUUCUUCCAUCCUAUUAUCGUCUUUCCAAUAUCGUUUCAGUCUAUGCCUGGACCAUGAUUUGAUUUUUCGAAAUCACAUUACACCCUACACUACUUAGUACUAGUUAUAGAUUGUAGAUAUUUAUGAUCGCCCACGCUUAGUAUUAACCCCUGCUGUUUCUACCUUAUAUGCUUACAACUAUACUUUUUCUUAAAACCGGAGUCUUUUACUUUUUUUCACUAUUUUCAACACAAACAUUCCUUUCCAACGUAGGCCUUUGUAAAUGAACCUAUUGUUAGUCCACCACAAGCACUCCAUUCGAAAGACGAUAGAAGCAAAUCGAAUAUGAAUAUAAACAUAAAUGUUUACAAAAAUAAACAACACUUGUAAUUUA